UGGGCUGCAGGGCUGGUCCCCUGCCUGAGGAUGCUGCAUGGACCUCCCAGAGCCUCUGCAAGCAGAAGCCUGAAGCCAGGCAGCGCUGCCUGCCCCUCCCUAAGGCAGCGGGCAGGAAGAAUUCCCUGAAGGGACCUCUGAGCGGCUUAAACACCCCGCUGGGUGGACAGUGCAGACCAGGCCAGGUUCUCAGGGGACGGCUGGAAAAUGAAGACCUGCACACAGGCAGCCAGGGCCAGGACUCCUGGAGUACGCGCUCCUCCGGGCAGCUUUCCGUCCUCUGUGGGAGUCUGACUUGACUGUGCCAGCCAGAGGCGCCAGAGCUUCACUUUCUCUCCUGUCGCCUUUGGGGAGGUGAUCUCUGAGGGGUGUGCGCCCACCGCUCACCUUCACAGACCCUGCUGGGAUUUGCAAGCAUCCACGCCAUGGUGCAAAAUGUAAUUUUAGUGUUUUUCCGCAGACGGCUGAGCCAAAGGCCCGCUGUGGAGGAGCUGGAGAGAAGAAAUAUCCUAAAACAAAGGAAUGAUCAGACAGAGCAGGAAGAAAGAAGAGAAAUCAAGCAAAGAUUAACAAGAAAGCUUAAUCAGAGGCCCACUGUUGAUGAAUUAAGAGACAGAAAAAUUCUGAUACGGUUCAGUGAUUAUGUGGAAGUUGCAAAAGCACAGCUGUGGUUUCACAAAGAUAAGCCAGGGCCAGAAUUGAGCGAUAGUUCUCAACUGAGGGACAAAUUCUAUCCUGAGGGAUACUGGGCAAUGCCUACAGACAUUCUGGAUUGUCACAUCUGGGGGUGCUACUAG